UGUCUGGGUGCUCAUGGGAGGUAUGCUCAGAAGUUGUUGACUGAUUUGUUCGCUAACUACACCAACGCUCUGAGACCGGUGGAGGACACAGACCACAUCAUCAACGUCACACUGCAGAUCACCCUCUCACAGAUUAUCGACAUGGUAAAUACACACACACAAAUACAUACAUACACAAGGUCACCACGAUGACCCCACAUGCACUACUUAUACUCUGUAUAGGCCUCCUCUGAUACUGUUUUCCCUGCAGGAUGAGCGUAACCAGAUCCUGACCACGUACCUGUGGAUCCGGAUGGUGUGGACGGACGCCUACCUUACCUGGAAGAAGGACGACUACGAUGGUCUCGAUACCAUCCGUAUACCUAGUAGUUAUGUAUGGAGGCCUGAUAUUGUCCUAUAUAACAAGUAGGUCUGGCUGGUAUUGAGACACAUCGGUUCUUCCUGCACGGGUUUGUUGUCCUCUUCCUCACACUCCUUUUCCUCACCCUCCUCUUCCUCACCCUCCUCUUUCUCACCCUCAUCAUUGAAUUUCUGUAAUGUUGCCAUGGACACAAGCUGGACACUAGAUUCCGUUACUCAGGGGGUGUCCAGGCAACAGGUGUGCUUCUGAUGCUCAUCACAGUGUAUUGGAGCAGUAGUUUUUUUUACUAGUGUCAGGGGUUCUUCCUGGAUAGGUUACGUAGACAGGACGGUUUCCUGGCACUAGUUAUAAUUUAUGGCAAUGUCAACCUGAAAUGAAAAGUAAAUAGAACUAAAGACAAGGUUGGUCGCCUGUCUUUUCUAGUAUGCGGUUUUUACACUUGUUUUUGGAUACUAAAUUAGUUGUUCUUGCCAAAACCAGGACAUGGUUCUAGACGUACUGCUGUGCACAUGGUUUUGCAUUGGUAAACACUGUAUAAGCGGAAUAAUCCUUCUAUUUAUUCUUUCACAGUAUCUUAUUCUCCAUUUAUUUUGUUAUGUUUUAAUCUCUCUUUGUUGUAAUUACAACACACAACUGAAUCAGUAAUCCCUUUAGGAUGGACUUGAACCUUUUCUAUAUCAUUUUCCAGAGAUUAUACCUGGACAGGUGUGAGGGUUGUGUGUUACAUGAGACUCACAUUAAUCCCCUACCUGAGCUAACACUCUACCUGUUUAAAUAUUUAAUCCCUGUUGGAGGAUGGUUGGUAUCAGGGGGAUGCCACAGAAUGCAGAUUCAGUUCCUAAAAUAUGGUUUCUGAGAAAAUUCCAACUUUGAGGGUGGUGACUAUUAAAGUUCUAUGUUCAGUCCAGUCCCUGUGAUCAAGGUCAGAAAUGUAGUGAGAGUGCUGAGUGUAGGAGUUGGCUCUGAGAGGAGGGCUCCACUCCUGCCCUCCCCACUCUCUUUGUGCCUCGACAAUCACCUUUCAAUCAUCCUACCUGACCAUCAUGACAUCCUUUAUCUCUCUGAGUCAUUCAGGUUUCCUGUCCUUAACUGUUGUUAACCCUCUCAUCUGCCUCUUUAACCACUCCAUCUGUCUUUAACUGUGUCUGUCUGUCUGUCAUUAGGGUAUUAGACGCUCCAUGCCUAUCUUCCUUCCCUACAUUUCCACCGUCUGUCUUUUCCCAGUCACACCUCUAAAGAGUCUUUAGUCACUUGACAGUAAGUAUAUCUUUUCUCUUUUUCUUUCAUAUCAAUUGUAGAUAAGAAAUCAUUUUCUAUGGUUUUAAUUGCCGCCUUUGUUCGCCAAUGAAUUCCUCACACACUCUUUCCCCUGCCUCUUCUCCCUCUCUCUCUCCCUCCGCCUCCCCUCCUCCCACCAUCCCUGUGCUUCUUGUCCCCCAUACACUCCCCCCUCUUUCCUAUCUCCCUACUCCUCCUUCUCCUUCGCACCCCUCUCAGUGCUGAUGACCAGUUCUCCAGCUCUAUGGAGACCAACGUGGUGAUCCGUAACGACGGACAGAUCAUGUGGGACCAGCCGGCCAUCACUAAGAGCUCGUGCUCCGUGGACGUGUCCUUCUUCCCGUUUGAUGCCCAGCAGUGUCGCCUAACCUUCGGCUCCUGGACACACAACGGCAACCAGAUGGACCUGGUCAACGCCCUGGACAGCGCUGACCUGGCCGACUUUGUGGCCAACGUGGAGUGGGAGGUCAGAUUGAUUAGUUUAUUUUGCAAUUUUUCUAUCCUUUAUUUAUAGCAGUGCUUUUGGUGCUAUUUAUACGGCAAAGCCUGAUCUUUAUUCCCUUUUUGCACUUUAUUGAUUGAAAACACAUUUAUAAGACUGUCUUAUCUUGUUUUUUUUUUACACUGAACAAAAAUAUAAAUGCAACAUGUAAAGUGUUGGUCCCAUGUUUCAUGAGCUGAAAUAAAAGAUCCCAGACAUUUUCCAUACUCACAAAAAGCUUAUUUCUCUGCACAAAUUAUGCUUAAUUUUGUGCACAAAUUUGUUUACAUCCCUGUUAGUGAGCAUUUCUUCUUUGCCAAGAUAAUCCAUCCACCUGACAGGUGUGGCAUAUCAAUAAGCUGAUUAAACAGCAUGAUCAUUACACAGGUGCACCUUGUGCUGGGGUCAAUAAAAUGGCACUCUAAAAUGUGCAGUUUUGUUACACAACACAAUGCCACAGAUGUCUCAAGUUUUGCGGGAGCAUGCAAUUGCCAUGCUGACUGCAGCAAUGUCCACCAGAGCUGUUGCCAGAGAAUUGAAUGUUAAUUUCUCUAUCAUAAGCUGCCUCCAACAUGUUGUGUUUAUAUUUAUAUUCAGUAUAUGUUUAUUGGAUAGGAUAGAGAGAAACGAGGAGCAGUGGGUCGGAUUUGAACCCAUGCUGGCAGAGGUUCAUAGUACACUACAUGACCAAAAGCAUGUGGACACCUGCUCGUCGAGCAUCUCAUUCCAAAAUCAUGGGCAUUAAUAUGGAGUUGGUCCUCCCUUUGUUGCUAUAACAGCCUCCACUCUUCUGGGAAGGCUUUCCACUAGAUGUUGGAACAUUGCUGCGGGGACUUGCUACCAUUCAGCCACAAGAGCAUUAGUGAGGUUGGGCACUGAUGUUGGUCGAUUAGGCCUGGCUCACGGUCGGUGUUGCAAUUCAUCCCAAAGGUGUUCGAUGGGAUUGAGGUCAGGGCUCUGUGCAGGCCAGUCAAGUUCUUCCACACCGAUCUCGACAAACCAUUUCUGUAUGGACCUUGCUUUGUGCACGGUGGCAUUGCCAUGCUGAAACGGGAAAGGGCCUUCCCCAAACUGUUGCCACAAAGCUGGAAGCACAGAAUCGUCUAGAAUGUCAUUUUAUGCUGUAGUGUUAAGAUUUCCCUUCACUGGAACUAAGGGGCCUGAACCAUGAAAGACAGCCGCAGACCAUUAUUCCUCCUCCACUGAACUUUACAGUUGGCAAUAUGCAUUCGGGCAGGUAGCGUUCUCCUGGCAUCCGCCAAACCCAGAUUCAUCCGUCGGACUGCCAGAUGGUGAAGCAUGAUUCAUAACUUCAGCAUUUCCACUGCUCCAAAGUCCAAUGUCGGUGAGCUUUACACCACUCCAGCAUACGCUUGGCAUUGCGCAUGGUGUUCUUAGGCUUGUGUGCGGCUGCUCGGCCAUGGAAACUCAUUUCAGGAAGCUCCCGACGAACAGUUCUUGUGCUGACGUUGCUUCCAGAGGCAGUUUGAAACUCGGUAGUGAGUUUUGCAACUGAGGCCAGAUGAUUUUUUACGCACUACGCGCUUCAGCACUCGGCGGUCCCGUUCUGUGAGCUUGUGUGGCCUACCACUUCGCGGCUGAGCCGUUGUUGCUCCUAGACCUUUCCACUUCACAAUAACAGCACUUACAGUUGACUGGGGCAGCUCUGGCAGGGCUGAAAUUUUACAAACUGACUUGUUGGAAAGGUGGCAUCCUAUGACUGUGCCACGUUGAAAGUCACUGAGCUAUUCAGUAAGGCCAUUCUACUGCCAAUGUUUGUCUAUGGCGAUUGCAUGGCCGUGUGCUCGAUUUUAUACACCUGUCAGCAAUGGGUGUUGCUGAAAUAGCUGAAUCCACUAAUUUGAAGGGGUGUCCACAUACUUUUGUAUUUAUAGUGUACGUGUGUUCUUAGACUGCCAGACCACCCCAGGCCACACAUUUCUAUUCCAUUCUAUCCUAAUAACAGGUUCUAGGUAUGCCAGCCAAGAAGAACGUGGUCCUGUAUGGCUGCUGCUCAGACCCCUACCCAGACAUCACCUACACCCUGCACCUGAAACGCAGGGCCUCCUUCUACAUCUUCAACCUGCUUAUCCCCUGUAUGAUGAUCUCCUUCCUGGCCCCGCUGGGCUUCUACCUGCCGGCUGACUCUGGGGAGAAAGUGUCCCUGGGGGUCACCGUGCUGCUGGCCCUGACUGUGUUUCAGCUGCUGGUGGCAGAGAGCAUGCCACCCUCGGAGAACGUACCACUCAUAGGUGAGUGGCUUGGGGGUGUUAGAGAGAGAGAGGGGGAGAGAGAGAGAGUGAUGGAGGAGGGAGGGAGAACAAGAGAACAAGAAAGGGAGAGAGAAACUGCUUGCCAUGAGUACAGCAAUCAGAGAGAAAGAGACACAUUAGAAAUAUGCUCUUCUCUGGGCUUUUGUGGUCAUUUUAGCUCCUUCUCCAACACUAACAGAGACUGACCAGCUCGCCUCAGACUUUUAUAGAUCUUCUCCUCCAAUAAACUCAGGCAGAAAUGUUUAGUAAAUAUUGAAUGGGUCUUGCUCAGUACAACAUCCUCAUACAGCCUCUCUCUGCUGCGCCAUUUAACUGCCUGGCUAUAGAUGAGAUGUGAUACAGAGUAGGGAGACCUUAUGAAUACUGAAGAAGCAUAUUUUGUAUGUUUAUUCAAUAUAUUAUUCCAUAUUUUAUUGUGAUAGUAUUGGGAUGAGCAAAGAGCGCUUAUUAAAUUUGAAUCAACUUUGAAAUGCAUGCAGCGUAAAACAAGAGUGUAGGCAUUUUUGCAGUUGUGUUUCAAUUCAGGAAUGAGUUGAGUUGUAGUAUUUGUGUGUGCUUGGCUUAGAGAGCUGCUGUACUAAAUUGUGUUGGUGUUUGUGGGAUAAUGUUGAUUCAAUGGUACAGAGGACAGGCAAGUCGAUAUUGGCUGUCCAGCUAAUUUAAUGUGCUGCAGUCACAGCUUGAUAACCUAUACCCUGCCUACUCACUCUGGAGCAAUUAUGCUUGUCUGGCUAUUUAACACUGUCUAGAAUCCUGCAAGGCAGUGAUGUUAUGUAAGCCAAUGUACACUAUUACAUUGAAUGAUUAUGUUUGAGUCGUUAUACAUUAAAUAGACUGUAUUGCUGAUCACUACUUCUCCACAGGGAAGUACUACAUUGCCACCAUGACGAUGAUCACCGCAUCGACCGCCCUGACUAUCUUCAUCAUGAAUAUCCAUCACUGUGGUCCGGAGGCGCGUCCUGUCCCUGAAUGGGCCCGCCGCUUCAUCCUGCACUACCUGGCACGGAUCUGCUUCGUCUACGAGGUGGGAGAGAACUGCUUCACCGGCACACCCAAGAAACAGGCCCCGCCCGAGCCUGAGCACCCACCUGACCACAAUAGCAACCCCCAAACUAGAGGUACCAACUGGGAUGUGAACGGGCAAGCCUGGCGAGGCAUGGGAGAGAGGCAUGGAGACGAAGGGGGAGGGGUGGGCGUAAAGACACAGGAAGAGAAAGAGGAGGGGAAUAGACUGGAUGUGAAAAAAGGAUCAUACCAAAUGUUUGAGCCCAGUAGGUGGAAAGACGACCUUUUUGUAAGUAUAGAUGCUGAAGAGGAGGUGGAGGAAGCAGGAGGAGGAGGAGAGAGAGGCUGUGUGGGAGGAGGUGGAGAACGAAGAAAAGGAUCAAUAGGAGGUGCAGAGGCUAGGGGUAGGAGGGAGGUGGUGGUGAGGGCCCAGUGUGUGUGUCAGCACCAGGCGCUCCGCAGGAACAUCGAGUACAUCGCCAGCUGCUAUCAUGACCAGCGCUCCACCCAGAGACGUACGGGUGAGUGGAGGAAGGUGGCCAAGGUCAUGGACCGACUCUUCAUGUGGCUCUUCUUCAUC